AUGGCUAAUUUGACGAAUCGUUUCAGACCACUAAAAUAUCAUGCACUGCGAAACGCAACCCUUAUCAUACUUAUCUUUAUUGAAAAAACUUCAAGUAUUGGAUGCUUCGUCUGUCAGUCAUACAACGGCUCAGAUCCGUCUUGUGAAGAUACCUUUAAUUCUACUGUACAGCAAGGCACAAAUUUUUCGUCAGGUAAAAAUAAAUACCUGAAUCCUUGCUGGGCGGAAAAAUUGCAUCAUAGAGGCCUUUUCCCAGCUGAAUAUUGCAUAAAGAUCAAAGGCUACCAGAGCGACAAUCCAAAAUCUACAAUGGUCAUACGGACUUGCGCUCUAGACUCAGGAACACUUACAGCCGACACCGAAAUAGUACGAAUUUCAAGCUGCUCCCCAUUCAAAUUUCGUGGCAAACAGUACAAUGGAUGUGUCCAGUCUUGCGAUACAGAUGGCUGUAAUCGUGCAACCAGUACAGAAAUCAGCUUUUCUUUAUAUCUCUUAAUCUCAGCUUUACUGAUAUAUAUGUUCUGUAAAUGUAAUGACUGCACUUACUCCUAG